AUGAACCAGGAUUCCAAUGUAUUACGGGGAUUCAAAUGUAGUACGGGUAAGUGUAUCAGGAAUUUACAGGGAUUCAAAUGUAGUACGGGUAAGUGUAUCAGGAAUUUACAGGGAUUCAAAUGUAGUACGGGUAAGUGUAUCAGGAAUUUACAGGGAUUCAAAUGUAGUACGGGUAAGUGUAUCAGGAAUUUACAGGGAUUCAAAUGUAGUACGGGUAAGUGUAUCAGGAAUUUACAGGGAUUCAAAUGUAGUACGGGUAAGUGUAUCAGGAAUUUACAGGGAUUCAAAUGUAGUACGGGUAAGUGUAUCAGGAAUUUACAGGGAUUCAAAUGUAGUACGGGUAAGUGUAUCAGGAAUUUACAGGGAUUCAAAUGUAGUACGGGUAAGUGUAUCAGGAAUUUACAGGGAUUCAAAUGUAGUACGGGUAAGUGUAUCAGGAAUUUCCAGGGAUUCAAAUGUAGUACGGGUAAGUGUAUCAGGAAUUUCCAGGGAUUCAAAUGUAGUACGGGUAAGUGUAUCAGGAAUUUCCAGGGAUUCAAAUGUAGUACGGGUAAGUGUAUCAGGAAUUUACAGGGAUUCAAAUGUAGUACGGGUAAGUGUAUCAGGAAUUUACAGGGAUUCAAAUGUAGUACGGGUAAGUGUCUCAGGAAUUUCCAGGGAUUCAAAUGUAGUACGGGUAAGUGUAUCAGGAAUUUCCAGGGAUUCAAAUGUAGUACGGGUAAGUGUAUCAGGAAUUUACAGGGAUUCAAAUGUAGUACGGGUAAGUGUAUCAGGAAUUUACAGGGAUUCAAAUGUAGUACGGGUAAGUGUAUCAGGAAUUUACAGGGAUUCAAAUGUAGUACGGGUAAGUGUAUCAGGAAUUUACAGGGAUUCAAAUGUAGUACGGGUAAGUGUAUCAGGAAUUUACAGGGAUUCAAAUGUAGUACGGGUAAGUGUAUCAGGAAUUUACAGGGAUUCAAAUGUAGUACGGGUAAGUGUAUCAGGAAUUUACAGGGAUUCAAAUGUAGUACGGGUAAGUGUCUCAGGAAUUUCCAGGGAUUCAAAUGUAGUACGGGUAAGUGUAUCAGGAAUUUACAGGGAUUCAAAUGUAGUACGGGUAAGUGUAUCAGGAAUUUACAGGGAUUCAAAUGUAGUACGGGUAAGUGUCUCAGGAAUUUCCAGGGAUUCAAAUGUAGUACGGGUAAGUGUCUCAGGAAUUUCCAGGGAUUCAAAUGUAGUACGGCUUGUAGUGGAGGUCAUACAGAUAUAAUUAAAAUAGUGAUUCAGAAUAAUGUUGAUGUCUGUCGGUGUGGUAGUAUUGGACUUUCUCCUUUGUGUGAAGCUUGUAGAGGAGGUCAUAUAGAUGUUGUUAAAAUAUUGAUUCAGAACAAUGUUGAUGUGUCUGUGUUUGAAGAAGGCGGAGGGUCACCAUUGUAUAGAAAGACAUACAGCUUUAGUGAAAAUAUUUCUUCAGAACAAAGCUGA